AACUCCAACUCGCCUGGCAAUACUCUCCAUAUCCCUCGAUUAGAUAUGGACUCUGCCGGUCUCCGGAAUCCGAACCGAAUGAAGCGUUCGAGGGGUCCCCCGAAAGGUGUCCCCAAACGCGUCUCCAAAGGCCCCUCCACAAGCAAAAACAAGCCGGUUAUCUUUGCAACUGCACCAGAUUGCGACGAUCGCCUCAAAGUUGCCAUUGACUUCGGAGCAACUUACACAGUUGCAGCAGUCUGCAAUCCCAAAGCUCAGAGCGACUACGGAAAACCAAUCAUUCACGUCGUCAGUGGCUAUCCACAGGAGCCACACUCGGAAACCGGCAUCUCAUUGAGGGGGGUGCGAACUGUGACGUCGUACCUUGAGCAGGAUGACACGCAAAGAGACAGAACGCAUGGUACUGGCGGAAGAUAUCCGGUCAAUGUGGAAUCCACCACAAUGGCACAAGGGCUUCCAUCUGGCUUUCAGUGGGGAUACCCGGUCGGCCAAACACAACGAGACUUCAUCGGUGACUUGGCUCGACAAUGUGAAAUCCAAGGGAUGAAGAUUUUGCUGGACAGCAACGAAAGAGGAGAGACCAGAGAGGUCAAGGCAAACCUGCGCGAAAGCUUGGGGAAGCUGAUCACCCGCCGGAUCAUCCCAAACGAAGAGGCCGUCAUCAGGCAUUUUCUUGUGGCCUUCUUCGCUCAUUUGAAGACGGUCCUCGAAAAUGAUCACGGACUUACUCCGCUAAGUCAAGUGGAGUACAUCUUUACCAUCCCGGCCAUCUUCGAGGCUCGCAGGCUGGAGAAGAUAAUGCAGACGUCGCUGGGGCUUGCCGGUCUUCCGAGAGCACCGGCUACGGGAGAGUACAAGUUCUUCACUGUGUCUGAGGCAGAAGCGGCAGCGCAGUAUGCGGUGCCAAAGUCCCAGCUCCAACCCGGAGAGGUGUUCGUGAUCCUAGACCUGGGAGGCCUCACAGCUGACAUCUGCACAUUUGAAACCGAGAGUGCUGACCCGUUACGACUGGGAAGAAAGGUUGUCCGCCCAGACGGGGAUACAUGUGGAUCAUCCAAUGUGAAUCACGAAUUUCGCAAAGUGGCCAUUGAAAUGCUGAGUUCGAUACAUUAUAAACCGCCGGAAAACCUCACCUUCGAUGAAGUUGUCGAUAGGUUUCUUAUGCGGCCGUUUGAGUCAGAUAUCAAGAGAACCAAAUGUGGAGAAAUGGAAAUUAUCGGCUGUCUGCCUCUUCCUGGACUCGAAGCAAAUUACAGCACUGAUUGGGCACGCGAUGGAAUGAUGGUGGUUACCCAGGCUGUCUUGAGAAAAGUGUUCGAGCCUACCCUUCAGAGGAUCGAGCGCCUGCUAAAACGGCACCUUGAUGAAUCAAGGUGUGCAAACAUAGAGGUGGACAAGCUCGUCACCGUAGGGGGCUUCGCGGACUCGGAAGCUGUCCAAAUACGCCUGCGCCAUUUCAUGCAGGAGUACAAGGUUAAGCACGGGAUCGAUAUCGAAAUCAUCCGGCCAAGCUAUGAGUUUGCAGGAAGUAUCUAUGCUAGGGGCGCUGCCCCGGCUGUGGCUCAUGGCGCCAUUCUCAGGUCCUUGGACAAGAGCCUGGGCCCGAAGAAAUGGCCACGUCGGCACGUGAUGCUGCGCCGACACAUCCCCUGGCAGAAGCGUGUAGGCUGGACGGCUGAGGAAUGGGAAGAGUUACAUAAGCAUGCCGCGGAGGUAGGCGUCGACGGCAAGUACUAUUGGUUCAGCAGACUGCAAACCUUCAUCGCCAAGGUCGACAUGGACGAUACGACCGCUCCCGCAAUGAAACCCGUUCAUCUUAGCGAAUUCUCUUCCAAACAUAUCUUCAGUAACGACGAACAGUGGGACUGCAGGGAAGAGAUAUGGGAAUGCGAAGACCGUCUUCCCAAUUUCAUUCACGUGGAAGAUGCGAGGAAAAGAGGUGCAGUCAGACUUGGUCUGAUUCAAUGGAAUGCGGACGAGCUGCGGCACACGUUGGAGCCGAAGCCUCUCCGUACCAGGGGAGGCAAGAGGGACGAACGCCGCUGGGAACUCCAGUUCAAGGUUAAUGCUAGAUGCGUCGAUCGAGAGCUAGAUUUCUGGGUUGAAUACGGUGGCCAGCCACAGGAAAAUACGGUGGAGAGGUUCCCUGUCACGACCUUGUUUGACCCGGGGUAUGCCGACACGGGGUUCCACUAAGUAUCUUCGGCAUCCUUGUGCGGG